ACCACUGUGGCUGGCUGCCCUUCGUGAUGGCUGCCGUCAGGGUUUUGGUGGCGCCAAGGCUGGCUUCUGCGCUCCUACCGCUCUCCAGAUACCACCGGGCUCCCUCCCAGCGCGCAGCCCUUCACAGCUCCGCACCGCGGCCCGGGGCCAGGGUGGCGUUGGUGCUGUCGGGCUGUGGAGUCUAUGACGGAACCGAGAUCCAUGAGGCCUCAGCGAUCCUGGUGCACCUGAGCCGAGGCGGGGCUGAGGUCCAGAUCUUUGCUCCCGAUGUCCCUCAGAUGCACGUGAUUGACCACACCAAGGGGGAGCCUUCUGAGAGGGAAAGCAGGAACGUUUUGGCAGAGUCAGCAAGGAUUGCCCGAGGCAAGAUUACCAGCCUGGCUCAGCUCAAUGCUGCUAACCAUGAUGCUGCCAUUUUCCCAGGAGGCUUUGGAGCUGCCAAAAACCUGAGCACAUUCGCCGUGGACGGAAAGGACUGCAAGGUUAACAAGGAGGUAGAGCGGGUCCUGAAGGAGUUCCACGGGGCCAAGAAGCCCAUUGGCUUAUGCUGCAUCGCUCCUGUCCUCGCAGCCAAAGUGAUCAAAGGUGUGGAGGUCACCGUAGGCCAUGAGCAAGAGGAGGGCGGCAAGUGGCCUUAUGCUGGAACUGCGGAAGCCAUCAAAGCCCUGGGUGCCAAGCACUGUGUGAAGGGUGUGACCGAAGCUCAUGUAGACCAGAAAAACAAGGUGGUCACCACCCCAGCCUUCAUGUGUGAGACCGCACUCCACCACAUCCACGACGGGAUCGGGGCCAUGGUAAAGAAUGUGCUGGAACUCACGGGAAAGUAAUGCCACCCGGACCACGCUUGGCCUCCGUGACUGUGGCAUCCCCAGCCGGCGUGUGCUCCAUGGCUUCAGCCCGGACACAGGAGCCGCUUAGCUACUAGGAGCAUAGACACUUCCUGCCUGAAGGAGGAGCUUAGCCUCUGUAUGUCCAGCCUGAGCUUCUACCAGCAGGAAGCUCAGGGACCCUCCCUGGGCCCUGAGCAGCAGCAGGAGCUUCAUGGGGUGGGGAGGGAGGGAGCGGGCUUGCCUCACUGCGUGUCCCCAUGGAAGAUCUAAGCACCUUUCCCAGAGCCUGGUUGAAGGACUUAGGUUCUCCGAUCCUGGGUCUGAUAGGUCAGGGUACUAAAGCUUUAAAAGAAGAAACCAGUUUAGGUUCUAAGUCGUCUGAUAACCAGAGGUGCCUAGUUUGUGGAUAAAGAAAAGCUCUCUGAUCCAGAGUAAAGACAGCUAACUAAAGCCACGGGGAUUCUGUAGUAGGUCCCUGUAGCCACAGAAUAAACUCUUCCGCACGAUGGAAACUCCUUUCA